AUGGAGUUGGCAAUGGAUAACUCGCGUUUGAAAAUCGUUACGAUAGAACCCUUUUCUUCUGCUGUUUUGGAAAGAAACAAAAAUGCAAAACUGAAUUCAAGGAACUUAAAUAUUCAGAAGAAUAAUAAAGGAAAAAUGAAGAUUCUUCCUGGUAAUCCUAAGUUCAUAGUUCUAUGGCUCGAAAAUAAUGUAUUGCAGAAUAUCAGCAUAUUUAAAGCAAGUAGAGAAAUUAAUAAUGUAUGUGACUAUGAGCCAAAAAUUCUUCCACAGGAUGAUGGGACCCUAUUUGAUGAAGUCUCUUCACCUGAACAAAGUGAGAAAUUGCUCAAGAUGAAUACUUUAGUAGGGCGAAAAGUUGUUUCCCUCAUCCUAUUUAUAACCAAAGUCGAGGAGUUAUAUAUAUGCUCCCAAAUUGCUUUAAUUGGAGACCGAAGAAAUUCAGCAAGAAUUAGAGGAACAGAAUGUGGCAAAGGUGGUCAGAAUGAGAAAGAAGGUGGGGGUCAGAUUCUUCUCCUGGCAACGCUAAUCCUCACUUUUAACACACAUAAAUUGCCUAAUGCUAUCAAGGCAAGAUGGCUAAACUUCAAAGUCAAGCCAUACAUACCAUCACCUUUGAGAUGUUACCACUGCCAGAUGUUUGGUCAUUUGAUCCAGAAAUGUAGAAAGAAAAUAAAGGAAGAACUUGCUUUAUGUUGUAAUUGUGGCAAAGAAGUACAUGGACAAUACAAUGACCCACCAUCUUGCAUUAAUUGUGGAGAAAAUCAUCCUGCAUCCUCAAAAAGUUGA